CUCAGGACUAGAGUCCCCUGCAGACGGAUUGAUACCCAUUUCUAAUGCGGUCUCAGUCCUCACAUUUUGUAGGUCCUUUUGGUUCUGGACUGCGGUCACACUUGACCAAACUAGCAAAGCAAAAUGGACUCUUGUCCGUGUUAGCCAGAGCAUAAAUGACGCGUGUGAACGCACCCUAAAACUCACUUCAAGUCAGUUCAGUUGGCCUAGCUUUAUCUCAUUCACAACCAAGGUGUGGCCAUUUAGCCGGUCUUCAAUGAAUACUUGUCAAUCGCCCGUGUAGCUAUUCCCUAAUCCACUGCUACGAUCCGCCGUGUAAUGGUUGCAAGUAGGAUCCAGGUAUCAAUGACACACCUCGGACGAAUCCCGGCUACAUCAGGCCUAUACCAACUUUCUUUGCUAAGUAACGCUAAAGCUAACGUUAGCCACAUCGUCAGGCAACACUGACAGCGAGUUACAAACUUGCGCUACAAAUUAGCUUAACGGCAGGUUGUCGACGAGCAACUUCAAAACAAAUCGCCAUUUUCACACAGGCGGUGUAAGUCACAAUGAGGCAUCUUCGCUUGAAUCCUCCUCCUCCUCCUCCUCCUCCUCCUCCUCCUCAGUAAACGAAGGACUCGCUGGUAAAAUGAAGAUAGUCGAGGCGCCUAACACAUUUGGGAUUAACAAUAAUAUUUUGGCUCAGGGAAACAGACUGCAAGCUAAAGUGCUCCCAUCUCCAGUGUCUGGACCUGCACACCUUAAUCGUUUGGCUGGGAAGUGUUUCAGUCUUACCGAAUCAGUGUAUAGAUAUGAGUUCUGCCCUUUUCACAACAUCACCCAACAUGAACAAUCAUUCAGAUGGAAUGCCUACAGUGGAAUCCUGGGGAUCUGGCAGGAGUGGGAAAUAGCAAACAACACAUUUACGGGCAUGUGGAUGAGAGACGGAGACACGUGUGGCACCAGAAACAGAGAAGCAAAUGUGAUUUUUGUGUGCAGCACCCAAAGCAAGCUUGCUCAGGUCUCGGAGCCCAGCACAUGCGUGUACUCACUAACCUUUGAGACACCACUUGUUUGCCACCCACAUUCUAUUUUAGUGUACCCCACCUUGAGUGAGAAGCUGCAAAAGGAAUGGGAUGCUGCAGAACAGGCCCGUUAUGACGGUCUUAUGACUGAGCAAGGAUAUGAAAAGGUCCUGAGAGAUAUAUUCGAGGAUGCCGGGUUCCUGAAGAGUCAAAAAGUAAAAGUGAAUCAACCCGAAGCUGCAGUUGAACCAGAAACACACAACUCUUUACAGAAAUGUAAUGAGGAUUUUCAAAAACAGCGAGAAGAGAUUGAGAGACUACGAGCCCUCCUUACGCAUCACAAUAUUCCUUUUCAUACACAACCAGGUUUAAACCGUCGCCAUUUCAAAACAACGAGUGUUGACAUAAUGCAUGUGUGUAAUAUUAUAUUUUUGUUUUGUGACAGAUGAGAUAAAAGGUGCCGGGACUACAACUAUGGUGCAACAAUUACGAGGGGACACUGGCCUUGUCGAUCCCCGCUGAGAGUUGGAAGAAAAUACCAGCAUACCAUGGAUACCAUGCUUGUUGACUUGGGGUCCCAAAUCUGGAAUACAGGACUUUUAAAAAGUACUCUUUACAAAAUGUUCUAGGAAAACACCUUGUAAUUUAAUUAAAAAGUCAUCUUUAUGUGCAUCGAAUGGCUCAAUUUCCUUCCU